AUCUGUGUCUCUGGGACCUUACGCGUUGCUGCUUCCGCUACUAACCUCAAGCUCAAUCUGGAUAUACCGCAUAAUCAGUCCGGCGUCACGCGUACCUUUCUUGACCUUCUCGCAGCUGGCUCAACGUUUGUUGAGGGGCUCGUAGUUGGUACGCAAAACGUGAGUGGAACGUGGAAUAUUGGUGCUGAGCUUUGCUAUCCUCUGAACCUCACAUCACAUCCGGCUGUAGCAGUCAAAGGUGUUCAGAUCCUCACGCACGGUGCAGCUUUCGACCGUCGCUACUGGGACUUCGCACCGGGUUACAGCUACGUUGACUCCGCGGUGGAACACAAUUGGGCAACUCUGGCCUAUGACCGCAUUGGGUGGGGUGCGAGCGACACACCAGACCCUCUCAACAUUGUACAAUUCCCACUGAUCAUAGAGAUUUGCCAUGCGUUGACCUCUCUCCUCCGCGCUGGGAAGGUCGGCGGGAUGGCCUUCGAGACAGUCGUUGGUGUUGGUCAUAGCUUUGGCUCCUUCACCACUCAAGCCGUCACAGUCAACUAUCCGGAUGACUUCGACGCCGUGAUCCUUACAGGCUAUGGCACCCUAGUCAAUGGCCAGCUACGCGGACAGACAGCGUUUGCUGCUUCACUCAACCUCGCCAUUGCAAAUGAGAAUCAGCCGUACCGUUUCUACGACCUGCCGAAUGGUUAUCUAGUUCCCAAUACCAUGGUUAGCAACGAGUUUGGCUUCUUUUACCCGCCCAACUAUGACCCGGCCCUGCUCGCUCAGCUUGAAGCAGAGAAGUACGGCUUGACUUGGGGUGAGAUCUUCUCCUCAGCUACGGCGGGCGGUGUCACUCAAGACUUCGAAGGUCCCCUUGCGGUUGUAAAUGGUGAUCACGAUCUUCCCGAGUGCGCGGGCAAUUGCUCGUAUCCGACGGACCAGGGUGAGCUGGUUAAGGCAGCAUUAUAUCCUGGCGUCCAGGAAGCGAAAUUCCGGUCAUUGCUGGUACCGGAAUCAGGGCAUGGCAUCAAUCUGCACUACGGGGCUUCGGCGGCAUACGAAUGGAUCAUGGACUUCUUGCAGGAG